CCGCAGCUGGUUGUCGGCGCUGGGCUACGACAUCGCGUCCAUGGCGCCGCAGCUGUACCCGAGCGGGCCGCUGGGCGGGCCGCAGCCACACCUGCUCAGCCCGCUCAGCCCGUUCUCCAGCCCGUCCCCGCAGACGGUGGCGCCCAGCCGGCCGUCGAUGGCGGUGGGCGCCCAGGACGGGCCGCCGCUCAGCGUCGUGUCCGGCUUCCUCAGCCACCUGAGCGAGCGGCUGCUGAGCGACCGCCUGUCCGUGUCGGGCUGGCCGUCGGCCGCCGCCCCCGCGCACACGCGGCGCACCUGGCCGCCCAACAACCCCCUGCAGACGUUCCGCAUCGGCUCGGCGUUCGAGCCGCCCUUCGGACGGGGCAUCAUCGUGUCCCGGACCUCGCAGGGCCAGGCUGUGAUCAACAGCGUGCCGUCGGCCAACCCCAUCUACCGGGACGUGUUCACCUCCGUCUUCAACGGCUCGUACAUGCUGGACGUGCUGCUGCUGGUGCACGGCGCGUCCCAGGACACGCUCUUCUUCGUGCAGCCGCGCGUCGAGCGCGCCGGCGAGGACAAGGCGCAGCUCAAGCGGCUGGGCGGCUCCGUCAACACCACGUUCCACGAGAAGACUGGCGACAAGGAGAAGAUCAUCGACCUCAAGAUCCACACGCAGACGGCCGUCAUCAACCUGCGGUACGGCACGACGCCCGAGAAGGAGAAGCAACGCAUCCUGCACCACGCCAAGAUGUCUGCCGUGCGCAAGGCGUGGCACCGCGAGCAGGAGGCCAUCCGCAGCGGCCUGGCGGGCUCGGGCUCCGGCCUCGGCUCGGCCGUCGAGUGGUCGGCCUCGGAGCAGGACGAGAUCCUCAAGACCGGGCAGGCCGCGGCGUACGAGGGCGAGUUCAUCCACGACAUCUUCCGCUACCCGGAGCUGGCCGAGGAUCCCUACAAUGUACGCUUCGUCAAGAAGAACGCCGGCGACGAGCCCGGAGCCUCCGCCAAGAGGAAACGCAGUGCCUCCAGUGUCUCCCUAGCCUCGGCCUUGGCCGCCGGUGAGGAGGGCCCGCCUGCGGACUCAUGGUGGAGACCGUGUACAGAGCCGCCCUGCUAGUCUAGUCAAAGCUUUCCGUCCCCUGGCCGGGCCGUCAAGAGAAGUGUACAUAUUAGGACAGAGAAUAUGAAAAAAUGUUGUGUACAUAAGUUAUAUAUUAUAUAUUUGUACAGACAAGGACUUCUUGGCCAAAGGGCACAAAAACCUAGUGAAGCACGAUACUUAAUGCAGGACACUAAAAGUCAGUGCUUCCAAACAAAUUUCUUAUUGGACCUAUUCUUUGUUUUAUUUGUUUUUUUCUAGAGGGAGCGUUUAUGUGAAUAAUAGCUGUAAAUUGUCUUCUACUGUGUUGAUGUUACCAUGUUCAAUUUUUCCAUAGUUGAACAUAUAUCUGUGAUGUGAGUGCAUAUGAGGAAAUUAGUUAUUAAUUUAAGGACACAAAAAUUUGUUCCAGUAAGUAAAGGACAAAAGUGUGAGAUCAUUAUACCCCAUUUUCCCCAACACUUCUUUGUGGUAUACAUUACCCACUUACUAAAGCAUAUGUCCUUGUUUGAAUGUGAAAAUAUGUUUGAAAGAGAUGAGAAAAUGUGAUUAUGGUGCUUUUUAAUUAUUGUAUUUUAGUUCAUUGCUGUCCUUAUCAAUGAACCUUUUUUAUUACUGUGAAUCUAUUUGGUGUCUCUGUGAAAUUAAAAUUAAGAGGCUUACAUAAUCUCUGCACAGUGUGUGCUACUCUUGCUGACCACUGUGAGCUUUGUGUUGAAGCACUAGGGAUCAUUAAAAUGUGCAUUGAAAUUGUGCAUCUGUAUUAAAUAUGAGAUAAGCAGCAAAGAAAUUGCCACAAGCAAAGCCUGGAUACAAACCCAUUGAUGUUAGUAAAUUUACUUCUCUGAAAAACGUAAGUCCCCUGAUCCUCUAAAAAUCCCGUCCGCUAACAUUUGAAGGCAUAUCUUUGCUGCAUUAUUAAGUCUAAGAAGCAUUGUUAUUGUCAUAGUGUGCUUGCACAGCAUUAUGUAAAUAUUGAUGUCUAUUUUGUCAAAUGCAUGUGUUUAUAUGUUAGUUGAUGUGUUUCAAAGACUUUUUGGCAUCGUUUUCAAUGUGAAGAAUUAUGUCUUGAGCUGUGUUCGUAUUAUUCUAUAUUUUAAGUUGUCAACUGUUUGCCCUGUUUUUUAAGUUACACAGAACUUUGUGAUUUUUAAGAGAUUUCACAUGUACCAAAAUGAUUUGCUUCUUACCUGCUUGGUAGGAAUAAGGUUGUGGACAGUUGUGAACAGUAAUACUGAACUGAGCUUUUUACUCAUCAAAUUUAUGUGGCUUAUGUUGAACCAUAGAAUGGUACAUACUCAGCAACAUUGCUAAAACCACUAAAAGAAUAAAAAUCGUCACACUCUAUUUGAAGGACUUUUCAGUUUUGAUUUACUCGAGAAAUGGCCACUAUUUUCUAACUUACGCCUUUAUUGUACUUGAACAAGUGGGAAUACUAAAUUUGUCCUGUUAAGAUUCACCUUUUAAGAAUUUUAUACCAAAAAAUAUAGUUCCCAAGAUGCCAAAUAAAUGAUAAGAGUUUUUUAAUGGUGUCUGUGCCAAAUCUGAGCACAUGAGAGUUUAUUGAAAUUAUCUUAUUUGUAAUAUAUUUGUGAAAAGAAUGUGGAUGAUCAGUCGUCUAAAAACAAAUUAACGACUAUCAUGAAUUGUAAAUAUUUUGUUAUGCAAUUUGAAAUACUCUAACUUCAUAAAGCGCUCAUGAGUAAUGAAUGUUUUUGAUAUCGCUGAAUUGUCUUUGUUUAACUGAGUUAUCAUAUGCUGGUCGUGAAACUAUUUUGUUGAGUUUGUUAUUUUUUUGUUGCUAUCAAUUUCAUUAUAUGGUCCAUUUCUAUCUACUGAAAUAAAGGAGGCUUGUAGACCGCAGCACAGUUGGGCAAACAAUUAGAUAUUGUUCGUGUAUAUCAUUAUUUUGCAAAACUACUUACAAGACUGGCCUUGUACUAUUGCAUAGAUCUUUUUUUAAAAUUAUGAUGUUUUGGUAUUUCAAGUUAAAUGUGAUUCUUUUUCAGGUCUCAGAACAUACUUAAAUCUCUUUGUUGCAAUGAGCUAUGUAAGAUCAUUGCCAUUGUUUUCACAAUGUGAUUAUUUACUUCUAUUAUCAAGAAACAGAACUGUUCGUCAGUCAUUUAGACUGCUAUGUACAAUGUUUUAGACAUUAUUGGAAUUUCUGGUUACAAAUCCCCUUCCAUUAACUAUCUCCUGCCUACCCCAUUUUCUCUCUCUAUCUCUAUCUCUCUCCCCCUAAUCACAAUAUGCUUGAAAGCAGAUUUUGUUUUAACUUUUAGUUUUUUGUCUCCCAACAUUCCAACCAUAUUACAUUUGUAAGAUAAAAAUUCAAUGAUUUGACUGAUUUUAGCAUUAAAGCGCCAUACUAAUGAAUCAAGUUGUUCUUGAAAACAUAACUCAGUGUGAAAAUUUAAAUGUCUGGAAAAUAAGAUUGAAUAAAGUCUUUCUUCCAAU